AUGUCUUUUACAGCAAAUCCUCGAGCACCAAAGCCUGAAGACGUCGGGAUCGCCCAAGAACCAACAGGUGCAGUGGCCGCCGACUCCCUGGCAGCAGAGUCUCUGCAGAACAAGGGUGCAUUCUCCGAGAACACGAACGCAGCAAGCCUGGGUGUGAAGGGCAAUCAGUCCACCCUCAACAAUGCCGAUACCUCAGGAGCCACUGCCCUUCCUCCCGCUACUGACGGCUCCGUUCGUGAAAAGAAAGACGCUCUAGGCCAAGGAGCGGAUGUAAAAGGUGUCACAGGACUGAAGUAUCCAGAAGGUGCGGGUAAGGCAGAAUUCGACGGCCACCAUAGCGGUCAGGGUGCGUAUGCCGGCGGCGGUUCAAGUGCAUUCAACCAGACAGGAGCUGGCUCGACUGGUGGACCGGCAGGAUCAAGUGAUUUCGGCGCAUCUACGACGUCGUCUUCUGCCGGUGGUCCCGAUGCGUCUCAAAUCCGAUCUGGCGACGCAGCGACCAAAGGUGCUUCUUCUGCGACUGGUACCAGCGCUGGCACCGAGGGCGGUUCAGGUAGUUCAGGUCCGAUAGCAGGCCAGGGAGUCCGUCCUCAGGUGGACGCUGCACCCGGCUACGUCGGCAAUGUCACCGGCCAGGCUAUGUCCGACAGCACCUUCAAGCCAAAGGGUGCCAACCUUGACGACGCCGACCAAUCAGAGAGCAUACCACAGACAAAAACCUUCACCGGUGCUAUUGGCACGGUGAACGAUCCAGGCAGACUUGCGGAAAGAGAAUUCCAGGGACGAAACGACGAUCCGGUGGGCGAGCUCGGCCAGGCUGGUACUGAGGGUGGCCGGUCGAGACAGAAGGGUGAGGAGAGCCAAGCUGGCGAGGCCGGCCAGUAUGGUGUCUUGCAAAGCGAACGCGCAUAA